AUUUCAUUGGUUUAGCUCUCUCUCUCCCUAACUCAGUAUGUUCCUUUUGAUUUUGCUUGUGAUUUAACAAUACAAAAUAGGAAAAAAAGGAUUACUUGCUACUACGCCCCCACUUUAUCAGCAUACGCAUGUCUUCUUUAGUCAUUGAUAGUAUUCUUUUUUGGUAACACUUUCCAUUUUCUUUAUAAGUAAGAUUUUUUAACAGAUAUUUUCAAUAGCAAAAUAUCUAAAAACAAAAUCAAUCAAGACGGCCUCCAUUCCAUUCCAUUCCAUUCUAUUCUAUUCCAACAACAAAACAAAACGAAAAAAAAAAAUGGCCAGUUCUAGCGGCAGCAGCUCCACCUUGUUCCACCACCUGCUGCUCUAUCGAAGGCCAGGAGCAGCAGCACCACCACAAUUGCCAUAUUCAUCGUCCUCCUUCUCCAGCAGAAGCAGCCACUGGCACUCCACCCUAACCCUAAUCCCCAAAUCUAAGUAUCAUGAUGAUCGGCGGCGGCGGCGGUUGUGGUCGUCGUUCAAGAACAGGCCAGAAACAGAGUGCCCGGUGCCGGUGGAUCAGCAGCCGAUGAAGGAGUACGAGGCACUGGCGGAUUCGUUCCCGUUCUCAUGGGCCUCGGCCGACCUGGUGGAGUACUGCUCCAGGCUCUUCGCCACGGGCGCUUUCUUCGCCCUCUUUGUGGGGCUCCCUGUGUCGUGGGUCGGGUCCAAAUCCCACGAACCCUUGAGCCUCGCCUUGGGCGCCGCCUCCAGCGGCCUUUUCGUCGCCAUUCUCGCCGUCGUCAGGAUGUACCUCGGCUGGGCUUACGUCGGCAAUCGCCUCCUCAGCGCCACCGUCGAAUAUGAAGAAACAGGAUGGUAUGACGGGCAGAUAUGGGUAAAGACUGCAGAAGUAUUGGCUCGCGAUAGGCUUCUUGGUUCAUUCUCUGUGAAGCCGGUGCUGGGCAGAUUAAAGAACAGCCUGGUCGUCCUCGGCAUAUCAUUGCUCAUCUGCAUAGUCCUCCUUGUAAACUCCGACGACAACAACAAUAACAGCAAUGUUGGCCUGAAGAAUGCAUCCUUUUCAAUUUCAAGUGAUCACAGAAGAGCCAUACCGGGAGUUUACAACGACGAGGCUGCAAGAAACUUCGAGCCGGAUGCUUUCUGCGGCGAUCAAACUCUUGUUCAAUAAUAUAUAUGUAUGUAUAUGAUUGACCUGAAAUAUUUGUGUGUGUAUAGACAUAAUACAUUACAUAUAUGUAAGUGCUUGCUUACUAUAUCUUCUUCUUAAUUUGUAUAGCUUCCAAAGAUUGUGUUA